AUGGCACAAUAUCAGUAUGGAAAAUCUGCUCUUUACGAUCGCGAGAAUGGUCUUCAAGUACUUCAUCAAAAUCAAUGGGUUGAAGUCCCUCCGGUACCCGGUGCUCUUAUCGUGAACAUCGGUGAUCUUUUACAGCUUUUAUCCAAUGAUCGUCUUAAGAGUGUGGAGCAUAUAGCAAACCUUGAGAAUCCUGGAGUAUCAGUUGCGUGCUUUUUUCAUGGUACCCGUCUUAAACAAUCAUCAAGGAAGUAUGGACCGAUCAAGGAGUUGUUGUCGGAAUCUGAUCGUCCUAAAUAUAGAGAAACAACAAUACACGAUAUAUUACACACUUUCAAGCAAAAGGGCUCGACGGAAAAUCUGCCCUAG